AUGGACUUCUAUUUAGGGGCCACCGAAAUGUGUACACCAUCUCGUGUCUCUGUAGGCCUAUAUAGUGAGGUAGUGGAGAGAAACGGCCUCGACGUGGCCGAGAGGAAUUUCGGCUAUUGCUCCCGUUCACCUUCAAUGAUGAUCUGCGCAGGAAAGCGUUUGCUGGAUUGUUGGCGCAAGCUGAUUGAAGAAGGCGUCUGGUCUGUUGGACCGGAAGGGAUAGAAGUUACUAUCGAUACUUUCAGAGAUGCUGAGCCGGACCAUUGGGAGGAUUAUUAUAUCCCUCCCACAUGGUAG